AAACAAUUUUUUAAAAACAAAUACCAAUUAGAACAACUCGUUAUCAGAUUGUUAAUUCAAGUGGUAAUUGUCGUAUAUUAAUGAGAAUGAUUUGAACUUUCUGAAAUGUUUAAACUUGCAAGUAAUUAUUUACCAAACAGAGUUUUGCAAGGCCUCACAGCUGCAUAUUUUAGAGUGUCAGCGUUCCGCACCAACGGCUUCUCCAACACCCACAGCAGCCCCUCAAGCGUCCUCCUCGACACAAUGAAAGUGGUAAUCCUCCCCGCACUGUCCGACAACUACAUGUACCUUAUCGUGGAUGAGAAAACCAAACAAGCGGCAAUCGUAGACCCCGUGGCCCCCGACACGGUCCUCGAAGCCGUCGAGAAAGAGGGAGUGAACCUCACCAAAGUCCUCACAACUCACCACCACUGGGACCACGCCGGGGGCAACGAGCAACUCGUCAAAAAAUCAAAAAACGCCCUUCAGGUUUUCGGGGGCGACGACCGAAUCGGGGCUUUGACAAAUCGGGUCAAACACGGGGAUAAGUUCUCGAUUGGGGACAUCAACGUGGAGUGUCUCUCGACUCCGUGUCACACCUCGGGGCACAUUUGCUACUACGUGAACGCGGCGGGGGAGCCCCCAGCUGUCUUCACAGGCGACACGCUUUUUGUUGCAGGAUGCGGUCGCUUUUUCGAAGGGACAGCUGAGCAAAUGCAUACAGCCCUUAUUGAUAUUUUGGGGAAUUUGCCCGAUAAUACUCAGGUGUUUUGUGGGCACGAAUAUACCGAACAAAAUUUGAAAUUUGCAAAGCAUGUCGAGCCUGAUAAUCCCGAUAUUUUGGAAAGGAUCGAGUGGGCUGGGGCUAAAAGGGGGCGCCACGAACCAACCGUCCCGUCAACUAUUGCAAAUGAGAAGCAAACGAACCCCUUUAUGAGAGUGGGGCUCCCUUCGGUGCAAAAACACGCCAAGUGCAAUAAUUCGAUAGAAACCAUGAGGACAAUCAGGAAGGAAAAGGAUUCGUUCAAGGGAUAAAAAGGGACUGUGGUUAAAUUUAAGAUUAUUUUGAAUCUAGCGGUUACCCGCCUGAAAAUUUUCAGGGCGUACCAACCUAAAACAUUGAAAUUCACUACAUUUUGCCAGUAUUUAACAUUGGGGAAUCUAGUGUAUUUCACGUUAUGGAUUGGUAUACCAGGGAAUUUUAAUGGAUAUUUUAAAAAUAAUAAACUUAAUAAAAUAAUAUAA